UAUGUGAUUGUUGAACGCAGUACACUAGAGUGGAUUGACACGCUGUUGUUUUGAGUGUUUUCUCGUGUAGAAACAGCAGCUAUAACGGAUUUAACGGACACGGCAGCAGUGUUUAUCGAUUAAUAUCGCAGCAGUGAUGCCCGGACAGGACUCAGUGAAUGUGACCAUCGGUCCACAGAAGUCGUCUGCUUUCGUUCUGAAGAAGAUUAUGAAUAUUCCUCCUCCAAACAUACUGCAGGAUCAAGACGACGACAUUGAGAAGGAGAAACAGGGUUCAGCAGGUGAUGGGGCGUCAGGUGGAGUCUCCGCCUCUCUCACCCCCACCAUCUGGGACAAGACCUUCCACCUGGAGUACAUGGACCUGGACGAGUUCCUGCUGGAGAACGGGAUUCCCGUCACGCUGGAGGAGGAGCUGAGCAAGGGUCAGGGGGCGGAGUCACAGGCCUCAGAUUCACCCGCGGGCGUCCCACAGAUGCCUGAUGAGAAAGAGGAGGAGUCAUCGUCUGUCAGCGAUGCAACAGAGCAAGAGGUGACCGAGACCGCAGAGGAAGCCAAAGAUGAUUCAGGUCAUGCGUCACCUGCUUCCGUUGAGCCGGACGAGAUCGAGGUGAACGUCCCCUUCCAGCCGGACCCCACAGAUCUGGUUCUGUCCAGCGUUCCGGGAGGAGAACUCUUUAACCCCCGCAAACACCGCUUCUCAGAGGAUGACCUCAAACCUCAACCCAUGAUCAAGAAAGCCAAGAAAGUGCUCGUCCCUGAGGAGGCAAAGGAUGAUAAGUAUUGGUCACGCAGGAAGAAGAACAACACGGCGGCGAAACGCUCGCGGGACGCUCGGCGACUGAAAGAGAACCAGAUCGCCGUCCGUGCCGCGUUCCUGGAGCGGGAAAACGCGGCACUGCGACAGGAAGUGGCCGAGCUGCGCAAAGACUGCGGCCGCUGCAAGAAGAUCGUGUCGCUGUGCGAGGCCAAAUACGGAGCGCUGUAAGAGACAAACUUCAUCAAGAGAACCGUUUCCCCCAGUGAUUCGCACGCUCCUGCCGCUGGGGAUUCUGGGUAAUUCAAGUGCGUGAUUGGGUGGAUGAGUGAAGACCAGUGUUUCUGGUCGCUGAGGCUCUAAUAUAUAUAUAUAUAUAUAUUACACACAGUAUAUAUAAAACAUUGUGAACUUUACCCUCUGACCUCCCUCGUGUGUCAUUCCACCCCGGCGGGCGUGCCUGACCGUCGUCGUUCACCUCGACGAGUGAUGAAAGCAGCGAGUUUUGUUCUUCGUUCAGUAACAGAUGAAGACAGAAGAAUCGCACGAGUUCUUGAUCAGACUCUUACUUUCAUUGCACUAAAGUUUGUUUCCUCCUCUCGUUGUACUCAGUGUUUCUGGACACAAUUUGUUUACCUCUUGGGUAACUUUCUGUGUGUAAAAAGGCGCAUGACUUGUUAUAUUAAGCAGUUGUUUUGUUUUUGUUUUGAAAAGUAAUAAUCCUCUGGAAUAAUGGUGGAGGUCAGACGCUGGUGUCUGAUGAUGUCGUGAGGGUCUCUGUGGAUGAUAACAGAGGUGUUGUCCUGACGCCUAUCAGACCCAAGACAGAGAUGGUGUUCAGCACUGUAUAUACACACAUCUGUCCGCUGCACAUUUACACAUGUCCUUGUUGUUAAUAUUGUGCCGGUCAGUGACUGUUUAUGUAUGAUUUUAACACAAGCGUUUGUGCAGGGAUUUUAACUGUGAGUCUGAUCAUAAACUGGACUCAAUCCAGGGCAAUAACAUGUCAUACAUCUUUAUCUUUUUUCAUCAUGUUUGUGUUUUUAUAGCAGUUUGGCAGCUCGGCACUGUUGUGUCAAUGAGGAACGCACCAUUAUAAUGGGUCUCAUCUCAUUUAUAAAACACCAGCAGUUUAUUUACAGAUGUUUUUGCUUGUGUUUCGCGAAUGAGGCUUGAUGUGUGAAACUGCACAAUAACAUGUGGAUUAGUUUCGUUUUUUACAUUUCUUGAUAUAAAAAUAUAUAUACAGAAAUAUUAUUACUCGUGCAACAAAAACAAAUCUGAGAUGUUCACAUCGUUUCAGAGAUUAUGUUUUAAAAUAGCAAAACGUCGUAAUGGGCUUCCAGGUUUUAAACUAAAGAUUCGAGCUUCUGGUUUGAAAAACACGUUUUUAAAUAAACAAACUACUUUGCAUUCUUAGGGUUUGUGUUUGACAAAUAGACACAUAUUGUGUUUUACAAUAUUAUUGUAUGUAAUUCUAAGGAUUGUUUUCGUAAACUAACGCACAUUUACGAGCAAAAAAUAUGUAGUGACAGCCGAGUGGUUUUGCAUGCUGAUGUCAUCGUGACGUGUGCAGUGGGCGUGUCCUAUUCUCUUUUACAUGUAGCGCUAAAAGACUGUUGCGAUCUUUGAUGUUUUUAACGUGUCUUGCUCAGUUUUCAUUUAUUCUACAAACCAAACCCAUCUUUAUACUUUCCUACUGUCAAAUCACCAAGGCCGAUGUUUGUGAUAUACAAUAAAUCGUGAUGUGUUUUAAAUGAU